UGUUUAUUCAAGAGAGACGAACCUGAGAAAUGUUCUCAGAGUUAACUACCAAGAACCGGAAGUACCUAAGGAUGACGACUACUUCUUCUGUGAUGAGUGUAGGACUUUCUUCCUCGAAGAGUGCGAGGUCCACGGUCCUAUCGUCUUCGUGGCUGAUCGAUCGCCCCGUUGCUGUCGGAGAGAAAGACAGAGCCAAGAAGACGCUGCCCGCUGGGUUUGAGAUCAGAGAUUCUGGGAUCCCUGGGGCCGGUCUAGGGGUGUUUUACUGUGGAGACGGUGGCCUUCCCAUUGGAACACACUUUGGACCCUACGAAGGACACAGGACCGAUGAAGAGGGAACCCUGGAGAGUGGAUACUCCUGGGAGAUCUACAAGAGCAGACACAAUGAUUACAUUGAUGCAAAGAGAGAGACACUUUCUAACUGGAUGAGGUACGUCAAUUGUGCUCGUAAUGAAGAGGAACAGAACCUAAUAGCGUUUCAGCACAAAGGAGGGAUUCUGUAUCGCUCCUGUGGCCUCGUGACUUCAGGAGCAGAGCUCUUGGUCUGGUAUGGGGACGAAUACGCCAGACAUCUGGGAAUCGGAUUUGAUCGACUGUGGAACAACAAGAGCUCUACUAAGGAGGGAAAUCCCAGCUGACACCAGCACAGGCUUUCCCCUGUCCCGAGUGUCCGUACUCCUACACGUCUCAGAUCUUCCACCACAAACA